UGACAGGAAACCCCAGCCCCGGAGAGGACACACCCUGUGUGUCUGUCUGUCCGGAGGGCACCCAGGUCUCCUCCAACCUCACGGCCUGGACCUCAGGGAGGAGACGCCAUGGCCCCCACCCUCCCCGCCCUGCUCUGCCUCGGGCUGAGUGUGGGCCUGAGGACCCAGGUGCAGGCUGAGACCCCCCCCAAACCCACCAUCUGGGCAGAGCCGGGCUCUGUGGUCCCCUGGCUGAGCCCCGUGAGCAUCUGGUGUCAGGGGACCCUGGGGGCCCAGGAGUUCCGUCUGGAUAAAGAGGGAAGCUCAGUCCCCUGGGACACACAGAAACCCCUGGAGCCCAGGGACAAGGCCAAGUUCUCCAUCUCACUGAUGACUGAUCAGUAUGCAGGGCAUUAUUGGUGCUACUAUCUCAGGGGAUAUCACUGGUCAGAGCGCAGUGACCCCCUGGAGCUGGUGGUGACAGGACUCUACGGCAAACCCAGCCUCUCAGCCCUGCCGAGCCCUGUGGUGACCUCAGGAGGGAACGUGACCUUGCAGUGUGGUUCCCGUCGGGGACUUAACAGGUUCCUUCUGACCAAGGAAGGAGAAGACGAGUCCUCUCGGACCCUGGAUGGACAACGGAGCCCCGACGGGCAGACCCAGGCCCUGUUCCCCGUGGGCCCCGUGAGCCCCGGACACGGGUGGACGUUCAGAUGCUACGGCUUUAACAGGGACACCCCCCGGGUGUGGUCGGCCCCCAGCGACCCCCUGGAGCUCCUGGUCCCAGAGACCCCCCCCAAACCCACCAUCUGGGCAGAGCCGGGCUCUGUGGUCCCCUGGCUGAGCCCCGUGAGCAUCUGGUGUCAGGGGACCCUGGGGGCCCAGGAGUUCCGUCUGGAUAAAGAGGGAAGCUCAGUCCCCUGGGACACACAGAAACCCCUGGAGCCCAGGGACAAGGCCAAGUUCUCCAUCUCACUGAUGACUGAUCAGUAUGCAGGGCAUUAUUGGUGCUCCUAUCUCAGGGGAUAUCACUGGUCAGAGCGCAGUGACCCCCUGGAGCUGGUGGUGACAGGACCCUACGGCAAACCCAGCCUCUCAGCCCUGCCGAGCCCUGUGGUGACCUCAGGAGGGAACGUGACACUGCAGUGUGGCUCCCGGCAGGGAUUUAACAGGUUCCUUCUGACCAAGGAAGGAGAAGACGAGUCCUCUCGGACCCUGGAUGGACAACGGAGCCCUAACGGGCAGACCCAGGCCCUGUUCCCCGUGGGCCCCGUGAGCCCCGGACACGGGUGGACGUUCAGAUGCUACGGCUUUUACAGGGACACCCCCCGGGUGUGGUCGGCCCCCAGCGACCCCCUGGAGCUCCUGGUCUCAGAGACCACCCCCAAACCCACCAUCUGGGCGGAGCCGGGCUCUGUGGUCCCCUGGGGGAGCCCCGUGAGCAUCUGGUGUCAGGGGACCCUGGGGGCCCAGGAGUUCCGUCUGGAUAAAGAGGGAAUCUCAGUCCCCUGGGACGGACAGAAACCCCUGGAGCCCGGGGACAAGGCCAAGUUCUCCAUCUCACUGAUGACCGGGCAGCACGCAGGGCACUAUCGGUGCUACUAUCUCAGGGGAUAUCACUGGUCAGAGCGCAGUGACCCCCUGGAGCUGGUGGUGACAGGACGCUAUGGCAAACCCAGCCUCUCAGCCCUGCCGAGCCCUGUGGUGACCUCAGGAGGGAACGUGACCCUGCAGUGUGGUUCCCGUCGGGGAUUUAACAGGUUCCUUCUGACCAAGGAAGGAGAAGACGAGUCCUCUCAGACCCUGGAUGGACAGCGGAGCCCUAACGGGCAGACCCAGGCCCUGUUCCCCAUGGGCCCCGUGAGCCCCGGACACGGGUGGACGUUCAGAUGCUACGGCUUUUACAGGGACACCCCCCAGGUGUGGUCGGCCCCCAGCGACCCCCUGGAGCUCCUGGUCUCAGGGCUGUCUGGGAAGCCGUCCCUCCUGAGCCCGCAGGGCCCUGUCGUCACCUCUGGACAGAACCUGACCCUGCAGUGUCGCUCUGACGCCGGCUACGCCAGAUUCGCUCUGUCCAAGGAGGGGGGCCAGGACCUCCCCCAGCACCCUGCCCGGAGGGCCCAGGGGGGGCUCUCUCAGGCCGACUUCCCCCUGGGCCCAGUGGGCACCGUCCACGGGGGCCGGUACAGAUGCUACGGUGGACACGGCCUCUCCUCCGAGUGGUCGGCCCCCAGCGACCCCCUGGAGCUCCUGGUGGCAGGAGAGUGGCCAGCGGGACUGCUCAGAGACAGACCCUCGCUCUCAGCGCGGCCGGGCCCCUCGGUGGCCCCGGGGGAGAACGUGACCCUGCUGUGUCAGUCGGGAAACAGGACGGACACCUUCCUUCUGUCCCAGGAGGGGGCAGCCCAUCGCCCCCUGCGUCUGCGCGCCCAGGCCCAAGGCGGGCGGUUCCGGGCCGAGUUCUCCUUGAGUCCUGUGAGCUCGGCCCACGGGGGCACCUACAGGUGUUACCGCGCACUCAGCACAGACCCCCACCUGCUGUCCCUGCCCAGCGAGCCCCUGGCGCUCCUGGUCUCAGGCCUCACGUGGUACCUGAGUGUCCUCAUCGGGGUCUCGGUGACCUUUGUCCUGCUGCUCCUCGUCCUCCUCUUACUCUUCCUACGACACCGGGGUCGGGACAGCCACAGGAAGUCGGGGGCCACAGACCGAGGGCCUGAGGACAGAGGCCCGCAGAGCAGCUCCAGCCCAGCCGCGGACACCCAGGACCAGGCCAUCUAUGCUGCCGUGAGCGAUGCACAGUCUGAGGUGGGGCUGCAGCUGGACCGUCGGCAGGCUGCCACGUCCGAAGCCCCCCAGGACGUGACCUACGCCCAGCUGAACCACUCGACUGUCAGAAGGGGGACGGCCGCACCCCCCAGCCCCCCGGUGGGGGAGCCCCCAGCAGACCCCAGUGAGUACGCUGCUCUCGCCUUUCGCUAGCCCAGGAAGGACCCGGACCCCAGGCUCCAGGGACCAGACCUCAGGGACCCCAGGAGGCACGGGAGCAGCCAGCAGUGGACACCAUGUAACAACCAGCAGCCAGCCCUUGGGCUCCUAACAGACCACCUGGGGCCCCGGGACCCUUUUGGGUCAACCCUCAGAAGCAGCAUCCUGGACCCCCGGUGGCCCAGCGGUUGAGAAUCUGCCAGCCAAUGCAGGGGGCGUGGGUCUGACCCCCUUGCUGCGGACAGCUGAGCCGAGGGGCACGGCCGCUGCCGAAGCCCUGUGCCCAGAGCUGGUGCUCCUCGAGAGGAGCCAGCGCGAGCAGGCCGUGCACAGCCAGGCACCAGCCUCCACGCGCUGCAGCCAGAGCGAGCCCCCACGCAGCAGGGAAGACCCAGCACAGCCGCAAAUAAACAAGUCACUAAAGACUGAACGGCGUGUUUCAGUUUCCUUAAAAAAGAUAGUAUCCUCAUAUUUUAUGAAGAAGGCAACAGACUUCUCAAUUAUCGGUGAUUUUGAAAAAGAUCAGCAAAUUACUCCAAAUGAAGGCAGGAAGAGGGAAAUAACAAUGACAAGGGCAGCUACUACUGAAGACAGACAAAAAGGAGAGGAAAAUCAGAAAAGCCAGAAAGCUUCAUCCUUUAGAACGUGGAUCACACUUACACAUCCUAGGCACAAUAGCAAGUCAAAAAGAGAGAAGGCAUUGCUUUACCGUCGUCAGGACACUACGGCAGGUCCUUCAGACUUUAGAAAGAUAAAAACUUCAUUGAAGGACAGUUUUAUGCUAUUAUAGUAGAAAAUGUAGAUGACACAGACCAAAACUCUCAAAAAUAAAAUUUAUCAAAAUUAUGGACAUGGGGAUAAACAGAAAAUCUGAAUUGUCCUAUACGUUAAAGUGAACUCUGAGUCCAGAGAGUUUCACAGGUGAAUGCAUCUGAACACGUGGGCAGUCAUGAAACACACACACGCUCGUACACAUACCUACGGAACUUACACCAGCUUACGCAGAGAGGGGAAAGGAAGGGCACACUCCACAAAACAUUUCACUGCACCAGAAAAACCUGAGCCCAAACGCGACACGGAAACGACAAAAGGGGAAACCACAGGAAGCUCUUUUUUCCUGGUUUCUGUUUUCCUGAACAAAACAUUCACAAAGAGGAUUCAUCAAUCAAUGAAAUGGACAAUAUAUCAUGCACGUGCACCUAUUUUUUUUUUCAGGAACGUGUGGUUGGUUUCAUCCUCAAAAAUCAAUCAAUACAAUUCAAAUAUUAAAAGAAGGAAUUUUAAAACACCA